CGCCAGAGGGCGACAACGAGCUCACGUCACCGAGUCUACGUCACCGCGGCCGAGGAAGCGUGAAAUGUAUGGUCGAUGGUUGUCAUGUGUCAUGCAGUGUCGCUGGCGGGUCAGCUGACAGAUCCUGGUCGCCUGUGAUGUUUACUUUCUUUGUUUUAGUGCGUUAACCUGCGUUAUUUUUUCGCGUUUUGUUUUUUUUUGAAUGAAUGCAGCGCUAUGCUUCGCCGAGGAGAGCCAUGGUAGUCGUCAACUCGGUGCUGAAGCUGUUACAGAGGCAGACGUACACCUGUCUGUCCCACAGAUAUGGACUCUACCUCUGCUUUGGAGGGCUCGUCCUCAUGAUAGUUUCUGCUUUCCAGUUUGGAGAGGUGGUGGUGGAGUGGAGUCGGGACCAGUAUCAUGUGCUGUUUGACUCCUACAGAGACAACGUUGGUGGGAAAUCAUUCCAAAGCAGGCUCUGUCUGCCCAUGCCUAUUGAUGUGGUGUACACAUGGGUGAACGGCACAGACAUGGCUCUGCUGAAGGAGCUGAAGGCAGUCAAAGAGCAACUGGAGGAGGAACAAAAAGCUCUGAGGGAGCGCCUGGGGAAAAAUGCGAGUGAGACAACUGAAGUGCCAAAAGACAGUGUGAAGCCAGAAUGCCUGCUGUCCCACUGCAUCAUAGCGCCCAUGCUGGCCCUGGAUCCCGCUCUGCCGGCCAACGUUACAAUCAAAGAGCUGCCGUCGCUCUCUCCCUCAUUCUCCGCGGCCAAGGAGCUGCUGCUGAUGAACAGACCCUUCCACCCGUCCACCACCGUGUCCGUGGUCGUCUUCCAUUCGCAGGCCGACGCUGAAAAAGCCUAUACAGAUGUGUCCAGAGAAGACCAGAAAUUCACAGUGUCCAGAUGUUACUUGACGACAGAUAAAGAGGCUCCAGGUCUGAUCCGCAUGCAGGCGCUGGCCUAUCUGAGCGGCUUCCCGGCAUCCUUCAAGGAGACGGAGCAGCUGAGAGUCAAACUGCCUUCUGUCAUAACCAAUAAGAUCAAACAGUUUGAGUUGUACUCGGAGGCCAGCAUCGCCCUGCUCCACCUUAACAGCCCGCAGGACUUCACUGAUCUGACCCAGCAGGCUAAAAAGAACCUGACGCUGGAUGGGAAUGAGUUAACCAUCAGUCCUGGCUACUUGUUCUGGGACCUCACUGCCAUCUCACAGUCUAAACAGGAUGAAGACGUCUCAGCCAGCCGAUUCGAGGACAACGAGGAGCUCCGCUACUCGCUGCGCUCUGUGGAGAGACACGCCCCCUGGGUGAGACACAUCUUCAUCGUCACUAACGGGCAGAUUCCCUCCUGGCUCAACCUGGAUAACCCACGAGUUACGGUUGUCACACAUCAGGAUAUCUUCCUGAACAACAGCCACCUUCCCACCUUCAGCUCCCCUGCUAUAGAGACCCACAUCCAUCGCAUCCCGGGGCUCUCCCAGAAGUUUAUAUACCUCAACGACGACGUGAUGUUUGGCAAAGACGUCUGGCCGGACGACUUUUACAGCCACUCGAAGGGACAGAAGGUGUAUCUCACUUGGCCUGUUCCCAACUGUGCUGAGGGCUGCCCAGGAUCCUGGAUCAAAGACGGGUACUGCGACAAGGCUUGCAACAACUCUGCCUGUGACUGGGAUGGAGGAGACUGCUCAGGUGCAGCGGGGAGCAGUCGGUUCGCAGCUGGGGUCGGUGUCGGUGGGCCCGGUGGAGCUGGUGCACAGGUGUGGCAGUUUGGAGGUGGUCUAGGUGGUCUGGGGGGGAUGUCCUACUGUAAUCAAGGCUGUGCCAACUCCUGGCUAGCAGACAAGUUCUGUGACCAAGCCUGCAAUGUACUCGCCUGUGGUUAUGAUGUAGGCGACUGUGGCCAAGAUCACUUUGGCGAGCUGCACCGUGUGACCCUGCUGAGGAAUCAGAGCCUGUACACCCUCCCAGUGGGGGAGAUCAGGCCGUAUUUCAGCUUUGAACGAGUGGCUCGAAGAAUCUCCGAGGCCCACGUCAGCGACAACGCGGUGGUGCGCCACACCUCCGUCGCCAACAAGUGGAAGACCAUUCACCUGCUGCUCCAUUCUGGCUUCAACGCCACCCAAAUCCAAUACAACCUCACCUUCCAAAGAGAGGACGACACAGAGUUUACAAUGAGCUUAAGCGUAGUUGUCGACACACGUGAGGUCCCUCAGGCUAACGUGUCCCAGACUGUGAGCAAAGACACCAGCAAAGAGCCAAAGCCGACCCCAACACCAGAGCCACCGUUCCCUUUCUCAGACGUUCCUGAGGACAAAAGGAGUCCUAAGAUCCAGAGGAGGCGGCCUGGUGAACCUGAGGUUGUCGUAGAAGUUCCAGCAGUGAAUGUGUCACUUUUACCUGCUGUUGUGCGCGAUGAGCUUCAGAAGCUGGACGAGAAACUUCUCAUCGGUGACAUCACUAUGAAGGGUUAUAAUCUCACCAAGGCUGAACUGCUGAGACCUUUCAAGAAAAUGACCAUAAAGAAGGACAAAGAUUCACAACCAGCCAAUGAGGGUGCAGCCAGAGUCAACAGGAAGCCAUAUAAAGACUUGGAGGGAGAGCAGUUAGAGGGAAAACACACCAAGAAGGAGAAAGCCGGAAAUGUACAGAAAAAUCUACAGUCCAAAGAAGAAAUGCCCAGAAAAGAUGCGGCUGUGCAAGAUAAACCUGUUACUCCUCUCAUUAAAGUCCAUAUUGACGAUAAGGAUCCCAAAGAGUUUGUAACUCCCAAACCGUAUCCUCUGAAGGCUGUGAUCGAGAGGCCUUUGACCUCCAAGCUGCUGAGCAGCAUUUCCAAAAUCAAGAGCGCAGAGAAACAGGCAGAGCAGGCCAACGCCGCAGGAGGAGCUCCAGUGGGCAGGAGACUCCAUCACUUCAUCUCCUCUGACCGAGGCUUCCUGCCGUGGGAGAGGAGGAAGUACUUCCAAAACCUUCUUGAGGAAGAGGAGCGUCUGCAGAGAGAGCUGAUGUAUGAGACCGAUGGUGCUGCCACUGCCCGAAGGCUGCAGGACACUUUUGCUGACUCGCUGCGCUACGUCAACAAACUGCUCAACGGCCAGUUUGGCUUCACAUCCCGCAAAGUCCCUGCACACAUGCCCCACAUGAUCGACAGACUCAUCAUGCAGGAGCUGCAGGACACAUUCCCAGAGGAGUUUGACAAGACAUCGGGCCACCGCGUGCGUCACUCUGAGGACAUGCAGUUUGCCUUUUCAUACUUUUACUUCCUGAUGAGCGCUCAGGAGCAGCUCAACGUCUCUGAGGUGUUUGACGAGAUCGACACCGACCACUCAGGCGUUUUGUCUGAUCGUGAGAUUCGAACUCUGGCCACGAGGAUCCACGAGCUGCCCCUCAGCCUCCAGGACCUGACAAGUCUGGAGCAGAUGUUGAUAAACUGCUCGAAGACACUCCCGACUAACCUGACCCAGCUCCACCUUGUGAACCCCACUCAGGAGGCCUACUAUGACCCCAGCAUGCCUCCCGUCACAAAAGGCCUCGUCCUCCACUGCAAGCCGAUCACUGAACGCAUUCACAAAGCCUUCAGAGAUCAGAACAAGUACAAGUUUGAGAUCAUGGGUGAGGAUGAGAUAGCUUUCAAGAUGGUGCGAACCAAUGUGUCCCAUGUGGUCGGCCAGUUAGAUGACAUCAGGAAGAAUCCCAGGAAGUUCAUCUGUCUGAAUGAUAACAUUGACCACAGCCAUAAGGACGCUGCCACAGUCAAAGCUGUGCUGAGAGACUUCUAUGAGUCCAUGUUUCCGCUGCCGUCCCAGUUUGAACUGCCCAGAGAGUAUCGCAACAGGUUCUUACACAUGGAAGAGCUCCAGGAAUGGCGAGUGUACCGGGACAAGCUGAAGUUCUGGACGCACUGUGUCCUCGUGACGCUCGUCGUCUUCACCGUCAUGUCCUUCUUCGCCGAACAGCUGAUUCUGUUAAAGCGAAAGCUGUUCCCUAGACGCAGAGUGAACAGAGACAACAACCCUGAGCGGGUGUGAAAGGAGGAGGAGGAGGAGCAAGACCUCCUUGUCCUCUCCUUCCUCGCACUUCAACCUCCGCCCUCACUCUCUCCUGCUCGGUCGAGAGGACAGACGAGGAUACAGACUAGGUGGAAACGGGAAUCUGAAGUCCUCCGGUGUUCGUGUUGCAUCAGCACAGAUGGGAGGAUAGAAACUCAUGUGAGACGGCGAGGAAACAUUUGUCAGGGGAGGGGGAGGAUGAUGGAUGGGGGGCCUCGCCAGAGAAGGGAACGGCAGCCAGAAAGAAGCCUGCCAGUGUUCCUCUCUUCCGCUGGGGGCGUCCGAGACUUUUAACACAACACAAACACAAAACACUCCCUCCACACUGUUACUAUCCCUCUCAUGUCCUGCCCCUCGCCGUGUGAUUUGAUUGACGAGCUGUUAAAGUGUGAGACACUUGAUAGCUCUAUGUCCAGAGGAGCAAGCAAGUUUUACUGCAAAACUCACCAACUGUUGUGUGUCAAGAGCUGAAAAACGAUUAGUCGAUCAACAGAACACAAUCUGCAACUAUUCUGAUAAGCGAUUAAUCGUUUUCUGGUAACAGCUUCUUAAAUGUGAGCAUUUUAUGUUUUUUUUUUUCUGUUAGUAAAUUGGAAUAUCUUUGGGUUUUGGACUGUUGUUCAUACAAAAAAAGACAUUUGAAGAUGGGACCUUGGGAGCAGGGAAAUUGUAAUGGGAUUUUUUUUUUUUUUUUACAAUUUUGUGGACGAAACGAUUGAUCAAUUAAUUGAGAAAAUCGUUAUCUGCAUCCCUAGUUGUUUGGCUUUUACUCCUCGGGAUUCAUUUUAAAGAAAAGGGGGGUAAAAAAGUACAAAAUGGGAUGAAUAGGAAUAAUUAAUUGAAGUAAUUGUUUGCUGUCGUCUUUAAAAACAUGAAAACUUGAAGUGCCUUCGUUGUUCAUUCCUGCUCGUUUGAACAUUUUUUUGUUUCUCUUUGACUCCCUUGUUGUUGUUUUUUUUUAAACGUCCUCGUGUAAGUGUUGACUCAAACAUAUCACACCCUCAUCUAGUGUUUUGCAAUGAGAAUGAAUGGGACUUAAGAUUAUAUAAUUAUCAUUCUUAAUGUGGUACAAAUGUAAUUGAUUGUUGGAGUUAAGUAAUGAUACUGCAGCUUUCAUAGCUGCCUGUAUGCGUGUCCCUGUGGGACUCAACAGGCUCGCUACUGUCUGAAAUUCAGACCCCUCCGCAUGUUCUGUAACUUAUUUUGAUUGUAUUAUUGUGACAGUGAGCCAAGCAACUGAUGCAUCUGAUCUGAAUGUCACAGAGAGUAAACGCAGCCUCACAAAAUGCUUGUUAACCGCUCCAAUUUUUUCCUCUGAAUGUCAGUUUUUUCAAACUUCUUUUUAAUAUGUCAAACUAACAUGGAAGUGACUACUACAGUAGAUACCGUCAGCGUUUUGCUGCUAUCCUCCAAGUCAUAUGAUGUGUGACGUCCGUGGGCAAAGUAGGGAAGACGAUGAGUGACUAAUCUGGAAAUUGGAUUUUCUCAGAUUGCAUCAGUUUAAGUGGUUCCUCCGACUGAAAUAAAAUGUGAUUUGCUUCA